UUCUGCUGAUCGGGUCUGCACGCGUUCAAAGUACUUCCGACUGCUUUUGCGGAGAUUAUAAAGUCUAAGAUAAUAUCUUCUAUCUUUAAUGGAGGGAGCGCGUGUGUGGGAAAAGGCGAUAGAUUCUCUUGGCGUGUAUCAUGUGGUGUAUGACUGUAAGGAAAAGACAUGCUCAGAUAAUUGAGACAAAACAAAUAAAACUAUCUGAAAAGUAGAUUUAGUGGAUAAACACACUACAUAAUACCAUAGAAAAAAAAAAAAAUACAUACUGAAGACAGUGUGAACGGCCAAAAAUAUCCACGCAAGAUCUUCCCACAUACGUUUCCUCGUCGCCGAUGAGACAGAGGUCCUAAAGUCUCCUCGAAGACGAACAGGAUUCCUCAAGACGCCACACGAGCGACUUUUAUGCCGUCUCGGACAAUGGCCAGCGGGAGGAGGCAGCUGAAGAAAAGGCCGCGUCCGGUUAAAUCUAUCGGCCGGUCGACCUAAGACACGCGGCUGCUGGCGAGACUUUGAGAGAGAAAAGCCAGAAAAGGAAAAAGAAAAUUAAAAAAAGGAAACGAAGCAGGUAUGAGAAAAUAAGACCAAAACAAGGUUAAGAAAUAUAGUCUAGAGAAAAGAAAACGAACAAGAGAAGAAAAUAAAAUAUAAAGAUUUUGCUUUGUGGGACGAAAGUGAAAAAUAUAUUUCUAUAUAUAUACACAUUUAUUAUCAUCAUAUAUACAUUUUUUAGGGUCAUUGUUAUUUUUAUAAUUUUCCACAUUCUUUUAUCCUGCGACAACAAAAGCCCCAAAGGUGAAAAUAAGAAAAAGUCGACGUUCACAAAAAUGAAACUGACGGAUAGAUGUUCCCGCCUCAAGAAGACAGGAGACUGACGCGCUCUCAUCACUCUUUUUUUUUGUUUUAUAAGUGUAUUUGUUAAGAGCUAGAUUCAUUUUAUAAGUGUAUUUGUUAUGAGCUAGAUAACAGAUUGUAAGUGCAUUUGUUAUCAGCUGGGAAAAUUGGAAGAAAAUUAUAUAUAAGUUCUCUUGUAUGAAUAAAGAAUGGUUCAUGUAUGUAGGCCUCAAUAAACUGUUCACUUGAAGUAAAGUUAAAGAGAAUCUAAAAAGAGAAAGAGAGAAAGAGAGAGAAAAAGAGUGAAUUGAAUUUGGUUAAGAAAAAAAUAAAGAAGAAUUUUGCAUCGUGAACACUGUGGUAAAAAAAUAUCAAGGAAAAUGUAAGAAGUAAGAAAAGGUGACCACAAAAUUGCACUAAAAUAUAUGAUGAAAAUCCUUCCCGAGACAAUGCAACCUCGGUGACGCGGAAGCUAAGCUAAAAAUGGUUACCAACUUUGCAACUGCGUCCACAGUCCAACACAUUGCAAGUUAAUUAAAAGGAGUAAGAUAUAGAGAAUCGCCAUGCAACUGAUCUUCACCUUGUUAUGCAUAUUUCCACUAGGCGUGGUGGAGGGCUGGGGUGCAGCGUGGAUUCCCGAAGGUCAAGGUAGUGAUGAAGAGGAUUCUGACUUACACAGAUACGUCAUUGAACAUGGGUUAUGGACCCCGGACCCCCGCGUGCUGCUUGGUCCGUACGAGGAGGAGGCGCCCAGGAGACUAACCAAGGCGAAAUUUAUUACCGCCAACAAUACGAUAACUACCGUCCAGGUCGGCACCACCGGCGCACUUCGCUGCCAGAUCCUAGAUGUGGCAGAUCAUGAGACGGUGUCGUGGGUGAGGAGACGCGAUCACCACCUCAUCACUCUCGGAAGUCACACUUAUACGAAUGACGACCGCUUCUACGUGUCACACUCUCCGCCCUUCAAAGUUAUCCCGGGAAGGGGCAAGGAGUGGACCCUGUAUAUUAAGUACGUACAAACUAGGGACUCCGGUGUGUACGAAUGUCAGCUCUCUGCUCAUCCACCAAUGGGCAUACUUACAACACUGAUGGUCAUACAGCCGAUCUCCUACAUCACGGGCGGACCGGAUCUCUACGCCCAGGAAGGCAGUGACGUGACGCUGUUGUGUCGCCUUAAGAACUAUACAAUCCCUCCCACAUAUGUGUUCUGGUAUCAUGGCGACGAGAUGAUCAAUUAUGACGCCAAUAGGAAGGUCGACGUGGUGAGCCGCGGAGGGGAGAGCGAGCUGAGGCUAACAGGCGUGGCAAGAGAAGACUCCGGUAACUAUACCUGUGUUCCCGCUAACGCCAAGCCAUCUUCCAUCACGCUUCAUAUAAUUGCAGGCGAGACUCCAGCAGCCAUGCAACGAGCAGCUGCAGCUCCCCUCCAGAGCGCCUACACACUCGGGCUGACAGCUGGCACCCUUGUCCUCCUGAAUCUGGGGUCGUUCAGCUGGUGUGUGUAAACCCAAGCCAGCAAUUUGUGAAUGUAGAUCCCUCUUCCCUUAAAAAGGGAUAAUUAUAACAACUGUAAACAAAAAACUGAUCGUUACUCCCGGCGGCUGGUGCAUAUAAGCCUGUACACUUGACACAGUGGGUCUCGCAGUUGGUGUGAUUUAGUCAACAACAGAUAUUACUACUACCUCCGUGUACCAGAUAAAACGUUCUACAUGUUGGACGCACAGACUGUGUUGUUUAUCGACGGUAUAAAGUUUCGUGAACCUUAGAUAAAGUGCAAAAUACUGACAAAGGUUCUUGGGUGUAUUGCUUGGCCUGAAUAAAUGUCAGUGAUACAUGUAAUAUUUAUAUACGCAUAUAUGUGUUAAUUGUUAGUACUGAAAUUCAGGUGCUCUGAAUAAGCAUUAUUGUAGUCGUGAAAAGGGGGAUGUGUGUGCUUCCCCUCCUGAAACUUUUAUUUGUGUACAAAUUUGUAAAGAGUAAUGAAUAUCGGGUACGCUAGUUACCAGAUGCCAGAAAUAUCAAAAUAUUCUUCCUACGGGGUAUCAUUUCAGGGCUUUUGUUUCAGUAGAUUUGAAAUCCGAGAGAAAAGAAAGGUGAUAGAAAAAAAAAGGAAAGUAGCUUUGAAGGAAUUUGUAAGCCCUUGCAAAAACGACGUUCACCAUGUAAAUAAGUACCCUAAAAAAAAUCAUGCGUGAAAAACAAUGUCGUUCUAAACGGCAGUGGCUGAAUGGUACUAAAUGCAAAUGUGAGCAAAUGAGAUAAAACAUAGCGAAGGAGAUACCAGAUUUACACAAACGCAC